CAUCCGGCCCGAGCUGUUCCAGACGGAAGCAGCUUCGGUGUGUUACUAUUUAAACCAAGUUCCCUGGCGUCUUUCGCUUGCACAGAUUUUCUCUAUGUUUAUUAAUUUUAUAUUUCAUUAGUUGUGGCUGGGGAGCAGAACAUUAUGGCGUAUUUGUACUAAGGUUUAAUUUUUCUUUUCUGAUUUUUUUUUUUUUUAAUUUGCUUUGGACGAGCUUUAUACUCAAAGGAGACAGGCAUGUUCGAGCUGGAGGGUGGCUGGAAUAUCUCUUUCGCCGGUUGCGGAUUCCUAGGCGUGUAUCACAUCGGCGUUGCCAGCUGUUUGCAGGAGCAGGCGCCGUACCUGAUUAAAGAUGUCAACAAGAUCUACGGGGCAUCUGCAGGAGCCUUGACUGCCGCCGCCUUGGUUUGCAAAGCCUGCCUAGGCGAGUGCUGUGCUGAUGUAAUGGAAGUUGCUAAAGAAGCAAGGAAAAGGAACCUUGGCCCUCUUCAUCCUACAUUUAAUUUGGUCAAAAUUCUGCGGAAUGGUCUAUACCGCAAUCUGCCUGAUGAUGCUCAUGUGUUGGCUACGGGACGUCUCUGCAUCUCUCUGACAAGAGUAUCUGAUGGUGAGAAUGUACUUGUGUCAGAAUUCAACUCCAAAGAGGAACUUAUUCAGGCACUAAUCUGCAGUUCAUUUGUCCCAAUAUACUGUGGACUAAUUCCUCCAUCAUUUCGUGGUGUGCGUUAUGUGGAUGGUGGAAUCAGCAAUAACCUUCCUCAGUAUGAACUGAAGAAUACCAUUACAAUUUCUCCAUUCUCUGGAGAAAGCGACAUUUGUCCUAGAGAUAACUCCACUAAUUUCCAUGAGUUACGUGUGACGAACACAAGCAUUCAGUUCAGCUUGGGGAAUCUCUACAGGCUGACAAGGGCACUUUUUCCUCCUGAGCCCAAGAUACUAGCAGACAUGUGCCAGCAAGGAUACAAUGAUACCCUUCGGUUCCUGAAAGAAAACAAUCUUUUGAAACAGCACAACCCUACACUUACGAGGCCUAUAUCAGAAGUUCAACAUCCAGCAGCUACAUGUUGUCCUGGUAGAGAUAAAGCGAGCAACAUGUCAUCAAAUACACUGAAAGAAGACCGAAUCAAAAACAGAAUGCGGAGUAUCCUCCGUCUUCUGUGCCCACAGCACUGGACCCAGGAUGAUUGUCUCAUUGAGAAUCUACCACCAAGACUUCAAAAAGCGUUUUUUGAAGCAUGCAAGGAAAAAAGUGGACUCUAUGCCCAACUGACCAACCUGCUUCCAAUGCGAGUGGCAUCAUAUAUGUUGCUCCCUUAUACUCUUCCAUUCGAGUCCGCUUACUCUUUUGCACUAAGAAUGGUAGAAUGGCUUCCUGAUUUUCCAGACGAUGUUCGGUGGUUACAAGCUCUGAUGAGACAAAUUGGGUCUUCCUUAUACCAACAUGCCAAAAAGAGAAUGGGAUCAGAGGAGCAAAGUCAAUCUGUUUUGAGAAAAUGUAUGAGCUUACCUCCUAAACUGAACAUGCAGACAUCUCCCUUUAGCCUGGGCACAUACCACCAAAUGUCCUCUGUAGAGCUGGACCAUUGGUACUGGGACAUUCCUACUCCUCCUGCCCUCCAGCCUAAGCACACGUCCCCAAAUCAGAAGGGACCUGGUUCUUCUCCUCGUCAAAUCUGCUUUUUCACCAGCUCAGAUUCUGAAACAGAAAUUGCAUCUGAUGAAUAUUUUGAAACUUGCUCUGAAAAUGGGUUUCAGUAUGAUGAGACGUAGAGUCAAUUUAACUUAAAAGUUGAACAUUAAUUUUAAGAGCCUUACCAAGCUCACCUUCCUCAGCUACAAAAGGAGCGAGAAAGCAAAUUAAGUUAAAUGUGUGCCCUAGUGCUAUUAUGAGUGUGACUGAAUGUUGAAAGACAGAUGCAGAAAAACUAUUAUUAAAGAAACUGAAAAUAAGCAAAGCACAGCUUUUUUCCCCCCACUUUUAAAACCUCGGCAUCACAAAAAACAUUUUUUUUUCUCUUGCUACCUCAUUUUUUUAUAUUUAUCUUUAAGGAGCAUUACAUACCUUCUUCAGUCUUUGUAAAAUGUGUGUUAGGUUUUUAUGUACAGUAUAUUUAAAGACAAUUGCACAAAUUGUAUGUAUUUAAAGCUAAUACUACUCAAAGUGCCUUGUCAUAUUUUUAUUUUUGUUAUUGUCCUUUUGUUUGGUCUGUUCAUAAUUUUUAAAAUUCAGUAUUAGGGUGCUGCUUUUGUCUCUAAGUAUUUAAAAUGUAACUUAAAUCUUGCAUUAAGAAAGUUGUGCUACAAAUUCUCUAAAAUACUAAUGUUUUGAUAUAUCAAGAAAAUGACUGGGCAGGCCAGAUAAAAGUAAAAGCACAUAAGAAUGGUACUGUAUGUAUAUAUAAUUUUAAAAGAUUGUAAAUUGGUGCAUUUCAGAGUGCCUUUUUAUAUCCAAGAUUGGACAGAGCUCCCCAAACCAUGACUAUUAAGGCAAACCAGGGGGUAGUUGGGUGGGGUAAGAAGGGAAUUCUAUACAGUAUUUAAUUUCAUAAAUUAGUGGAGUUGCCAAUGGCACUUAGGAUCCAGAAAAGCUAGAGCUUUUCUCACUGCUUGCUGCCUUAACCACAGUCCAAAACCAGGAGUUUUUCUCAUUUAGAAAAUAUUGGGGUAUGUUUGGAAUUGUUCCUUUUUCCUAUAGAGCCUCAUUGGGCUCACAUUUUGUUCUCUUAGUUGGCAUUUUUUUAUCAUAAUGAGCUGUAAUAUUAAUCUGGAUAGGCAAUAUUGGAAAGUAAUUUUACAAUGCACUGAGUUAAAUCCGUUUUUCACUUAAUACAGGACUCUGAAAUCAACAGUACUGCACACACUUGGCUUUAAAUGUUCGUUUAAAUAAUGCAUUUUCUUGACAUUGUCUUAUUUCAAUUUAAAUUUCUUGUAAUGUUUUUCUGCUUAUGAAUCAUGUUAAAUUUCUUGAACUUAUUGUCUUUAAAUUAUUUCAGAA